AUGGCUCUUUCACGAGCGCGAACGGCAAGACGCUUGAGCUGCCGCGCUGCGGGUUUCAAGGUAUGGCGCCAGCAUCGGUGCCGCGUUUGGCUGCAGGAUUUCGCUGCGAUGGAUCUUGUUGCCGCGCUCAAGGCGUGUGGCAGCUUGGGGGAUCUGGACUCCGGCAGGGAAGCGCAUCGCGCGGCUCUUGAGAACGGUGAUCUCUCCAGCAUUUUCGUUGCCACUGCGUUGAUUGAUAUGUACUCCAAAUGCAGGGCGAUGGUGGAAGCCCGAGGCGUGUUUGACGCGAUGGAUUCUCGCGACGUGGUCUCGUGGAACGCUUUGAUCGCGGGGUAUGUGGAGAAUGGACAGAGUAAGCUCGCUCUGGACUUGUUCUUUGGCUUGGAAAGACCAAACUCGAGAAGUUUUGUGGCUGCAGCUAUGGCGUGUGUGGAUUUGGCUGCGGACGAAGCCGGCCAAAGAAUUGGUGACGAGGGAAGAGUGGUGAAGCUAAAGUUUCUGGAAGAAACCAUGGCUGUGCACUCUCGGGCUCGACAGAUGAAACUGGACGCUGCGAUCUUUGUUGGAAACGCUCUGGUGAAUUCAUACGCAAAGUGUGGAAGCCUGAUGGACGCUCGACGAGUGUUUGACGGUAUGGUUCUUCAUGACGUCGUGUCCUGGAACUCUCUGAUGCGUGGCUGUGUAGAGAACGACGAGUUUGCCAUCGCUUUGGAGCUCUUUUCACUGGCACUGUUUCGUGAUGCUCGGACUGUCGUGGCUGCUCUCAUGGCUUUGUGGAAAGCACAGGGAUAUCUUCGUCGAGAACACUCUGGUGGAUGCUUAUGCCAAGUGCAGCAGCAUGAUCGAUUCGAGGAAGAGAACGGGGAGGACGAGCUGGCUCUCGAGCUCUUUGAGGCCAUGCGAGUUGCAAAGUUGAUACAGCCGGAUGCUAGGACGUUUGUGGCUGCUUCUAUGGCCUGUGCUGGGCUAUCAGCAAGCGAACAAAGCUGUGAACUCGACGGCAAAAUGGUGAAGACGCUUUGCACAGAGAAAGGAACCAGGAUACAUCUUCAAGCUCGAGAUUGUGGCUUUGAUUCGGAACUCUUCGUGGCCAAUGCUCUGAUUGACAUGUACGCCAAGUGUGGAAGCAUAAACGACGCCAGGAAAGUUUUUACCGGUUUGAAACAUCCUGACGUCGUUUCGUGGACAUCACUGCUACAGGGAUACGCGGAAGAUGGUGGUGGUGGUGAGCUUGCUUUGGAGGUCUUUCAAAGACUGGAGCAAACCUCAGGUUGUGUGUUGAAUUCUCGGGCUUUUGUCGCUGCUCUAAUGGCUUGUUCCAGUUUGGCAGCAAAAGAGCAGGGAAGAAAAGUCGAUGGAAAGCUCGUGAAACUCAACUCCCUGGCGAAAUCCUUGGAAAUCCACUCAGCAGCUGCGAGAAACUUGUGUGACUCGGACAUCUUCGUCAGCAAUGCUCUGGUAAGUCUCUACUCAAACUGUGGAUUCAUGCUGGGUUCUCGGACAGUGUUUGACAGGAUGAAAGCUCACGACUGUGUCUCGUGGAACUCGUUGAUCCUGGGAUACGUCCAGAAUGGCGAGAGCUCCCUCGCUUUGGAUCUCUUCGAGUGCGGCAACUUCCAGAAAAACUCCCGGGCAUUCGUCGCCGCUCUCGCAGCUUGCGCAGCUCUUGCCGCUCGAGAAGAUGCAGAAUUCGUGGCCGGAAAGCUCGUGAAGCUCAAGAGCCUGGAAAGAGGCAUGGCGAUUCACUCGAGCGCCAGGAAUUGCGACUGGUGGGAAUCGAACUCGGGCAAUACUUUCCUCACGAACAGCCUCUUUCACAUGUACUCCAAGUGUGGGAGCUUGGAAGAUGCUCAACGGAUCUUUGACCUUGACCGUGGUCAAGGCCUUGGUACGUUGACGUGGAAAGAGCUCGUCCAAGCUUACGUGGAGAAUGGUGAGAGUGACCUGGCACUUGGGAUAUUCGCUCAUGUGGUUAAACUGGAGUGUGACACUGGUGCUUUGCUUGCUGGGCUCAUGGCCUGUGGUAACUUGGUAAAUCUAGAGACCGGGAAAUGGAUCCAGGGGGAAAUUUACCGACGUGGCUAUGAGAAAGUUACUGACGUCGUAACUGGCAUGGUUAGUUUUUACUCCAAAUGCGGUGGGAGGAUGGGGAAUGCCCGCCACGUUUUUGACCAGGCUUGGACCCUCGACAGUGUUCUCUGGAAUUCCCUUAUAUGUGGAUAUUCUCGAGAGGGUGAAAUUAAAGUUAUGCUUGAUUUACUCUACCAUAUGCGAGGAGAAGGUUAUCACCCAGACGGGGUAACUUUCCUCUCCAUUCUCAGUGCUUGCUGCCACGCUGGAUUGGUGGACAGGGCCGAGCAUGUGUUCCGGGUGGUGAUGUGUCAAGAAUGUGGCAUUGUGCCGUCUGUCCAGCACUACACGUGUAUGGUAGAUCUGUUUGGCCGCGCAAACCAGCUUGACAAGGCACUGAGAUUGGUGGAAGAAAUGCCACACAAGCCGGACAAGGUGACGUGGCUUUCAUUGCUGAGCGCGUCUAGAACGUGGAAGAAUGCUGGCGUGGGCAAGGUCGCAUUUGAGAAGGUGAUGACGUUCGACAAAGAAGAGGCUGCGGCUUACUCGCUAAUGGCAAACCUAAUGGGUGGGGAGUGACUAAAUAACGAAGUUCAACUAUAUAGCUAGUGAAAAUGUAAAUACUUUUUUUGAAUAUAUUAGGUACAUA